UUCACCAGUUUUCUCCUAUGCUACACUUCACUCCACUCCUCCAUUUCUAUAAAACGCAACCAGAAUCCUCGAGAUUUUCAGUUACGGGAAGCUAAAAAAGUAGCGCAAAGCAGCAAAAAUAAUUUUCUGAUUUUUUUGUCAGGUAAUUGGUAAAGCGUGCGUGAUCUGAUAUUUGUGUAUCUGUUGCUAAGCUAAUCAAUAGAUGGAAACGGAGAAGAAGAUGAAUAGUAAAGAACUGAAGCACUUAGGAUUUGUGAGGAUGGUUGCUGUGCAGACGUUGGUGUGCGUGUCGAAUCUUUAUGACUACGCGAAGCAGAACUCAGGGCCUCUGAGAUCUACGGUUGGCACUGUAGAGACUGCUGUAACUACCGUUGUCGGUCCUGUUUAUCAGAAAUUUAAGGAUCUUCCUGAUCAUCUUCUUGUCUUUGUUGAUAACAAGGUAGAUGAAGGCACACAGAAGUUUGAUAAGCAUGCGCCACCUGUUGCUAAGCAGGUUGCUAGCCAAGCCCAAACUUUGAUGCAGGUGGCAUUGCAGAAGGUUCAAGAACUUGUGAAUGAGGCCCGUGUUGGAGGAGCGCGUGCCGCUGUGCACUUUGCUGCCAAGGAGUCUAAGCACUUGGCCCUUACUCAGUCUGUGAAGGUGUGGAUUAAGCUUAACCAGUUCCCUGCUGUUCACACAGUUGCAGACAUGGCUGUUCCCACUGCUGCCCACUGGUCUGAGAAGUAUAACCAUGUUAUCAAGGACAUGACCCAGAAGGGUCAUACCCUUUUUGGGUAUCUUCCUUUGGUUCCUGUGGAUGAGAUAGCCAAGGCAUUUAAACAAGGCAAGACAAAAGCAGGGGAGAAAGCAAAUGUAGCUGCACAUCAAUCUGAUUCAUCAGAUUCUGAUUAGAAGUCUGCGUUUUGAGUGUAAUGGGUUGCUUAGUCAAGUUUUUAGUGCAGUGGUUUGCAAAGUGUGAUAAGGUUGUGAAGUCCUUUAGGUUUUCCUCCUAAUGUGGUAAUGGAAAUAUGAAGUUUGUAAAUUCAA